GGAGAGAAGAGAAAAGGAAAGGAGGAAAGAGGAGAGGAUAGAAUGUCCGGAGCGCAAGGUUCCCAACCCAAAGAGUCGCUGACUGCGACGACAUACGAAUCGGCGGAAGGAGGUGAGAACAAGACGAGGACUGAUCCCCGAUCCACCGAGGAUGUCGGAGGAAUUCAGGUAGAGAAGCUUCAAGACAAGGUCAAAGACGCUGCCGGCAAAGGUGGGCCUGUCUUUGAUGCUGGUAAAGAUGAAAACAAACAAGACCUCGGUGUCACUGGCACCAGUUAGCCACAUAGCCUGCCUGCCUUCUAAAUCUUGAACUAAGUUGUAGCCUUGUGGGG